UGAGGUCAGACCACUGUUCCCCUUAAUCCCGCGGGGUGCUCAUCUUGCGGCCGCCUAAUCCGCCCGUGGCUGCCGGCCCUGAACACAGACGCACACCUGCAGCCAUGUCGGACGUAGAAGAGGAAUACGAGGAGCACGCAGAGGAGGAGGAGGACGGGGAGCAGCAGUAUGAAGAGGAAGAACAGGAUGAUACAUAUCAGCAUCAGGGGAGGGAGCACGUGGAUGAAUAUGAAACAGAGGAGGAACGUCCCAAACCUAAACCACUGGCGCCUCAACAUGUUGCCCCAAAGAUUCCCGAAGGAGACAGGGUGGAUUUUGAUGACAUCCACAGAAAGCGAAUGGAGAAAGACAUGGGGGAGCUGCACACACUGAUUGACGUCCACUUUGAACAGAGGAAGAAGGAUGAGGAGGAACUCAUCGGUCUCAAGGAUCGAAUUGAGCGUCGUCGGUCAGAGCGUGCAGAGAUCCAAAGAGUCCGAACGGAGAAGGAGAAGGACAGACAGAACAGGAUUGCGGAGGAGCGUCAGAGGAAAGAGGAGGAGGAGGCCAAGAAGAAGGCAGAUGACGACGCCAAGAAGAAGAAAGUACUAUCCAACAUAGGGGCAAACUUUGGAGGCUUCCUCGCCAAGUCUGAGUUGAGGAGGGGCAAGCGUCUGACUGCCAGAGAGAUCAAGAAGAAGACUCUGACCGAGAGGCGUCAGCCGCUGACCAUUGACAAUUUGAGAGAGGACUCACUCAGGGAACAAGCCCAGGAGAUGUGGAACUGGGUUUACCAGCUGGAGUCUGAGAAGUUUGACUACAUGGAGCACAUAAAGCACCAGAAAUACGAGAUCAUCGUGCUGCUCAACAGAAUCCAACAUGCUCAGAAAUUGAAAUUUAAAAAGGGACAAGGCAAAGGGAAGGUGGGCGGCCGCUGGAAGUAAACGUGACAAGAAGGCAGAGCAAAAGAAGUACACUGUAGUACUUUUCUGUGCGAUCCUGUUUGUUGAUAUUGUGUUGUAAUAAAGUCAUGUGCAAACUUUGUUUGGCCUUC